AUGAAUUCUAUAUUGCAUACUUGUACUCAUUCCAAUGAUAAUACCAUUACUAGACUUCUGGAUGAUCAAAUGUAUGCGGCCAUAUUCAAUUAUAUUGAACAUUUAUUCCAAAUUAUUAAACCCCAGAAAACUUUCUAUAUGGCUAUUGAUGGAGUUGCUCCUCGAGCCAAAAUGAAUCAACAACGUGCAAGAAGAUUUAGAACUGCUUAUGAAGCGGAAAUAAAUUUAAAAAAAGCCAUUGAAAAUGGAGAAGAAAUACCUAAAGAAGAUCCAUUUGAUUCAAAUUCUAUUACUCCUGGUACGGAAUUUAUGGCUAAAUUGACUAAUAAUUUGAAAUAUUUUAUUCAUAAAAAAAUUACUGAAGAUUCAAGUUGGGCCAAUAUUGAAAUUGUUUUGAGUGGUCAUGAAGUUCCUGGUGAAGGUGAACAUAAAAUUAUGGAAUAUAUUCGAUCAAUAAGAUCUCAAGAUGAUUAUAAUCCAAAUUUAAGACAUUGUAUUUAUGGGUUAGAUGCUGAUUUAAUUAUGUUGGGAUUAGUCACUCAUGAUCCUCAUUUUGCAUUAUUGAGAGAAGAAGUUACUUUUGGACCUCAACGUAAAAUUGGUCCUAAAGAUUUACAUGAUCAAAAAUUUUAUCUUUUACAUUUAUCAUUAUUAAGAGAAUAUUUAAGUUUAGAAUUUCAAGAAAUUGAAAAUCAAUUAAAUUUUGAAUAUGAUUUUGAUAAAAUUUUAGAUGAUUUUAUUUUAAUUAUGUAUGUUAUUGGUAAUGAUUUUUUACCAAAUUUACCUGAUUUGUUUAUUAAUAAGGGGGCAUUCCCAUUAUUAAUAGCUGCUUUUAAACAAACAUUGUUAGACAGUGAUGGUUAUAUCAAUGAAAAUGGGAAAAUCAAUUUAGUCAGAUUAAACAUUUAUAUCAAAUUUUUAUCGAAAUUUGAAUUUGAAAAUUUUGAAAAAUAUGAGGUUGAUGUUGAAUGGUUUAAUAAAAAAUUAGAUGAUAUUUCUAUAUCUGGUGAAAAGAAACGUCAAAGAAUUGGGAAAUUAUUAAUUUUAAAAGAACAAAAAAAAUUAGUUGGAUUUAUUAAACCUUGGCUUAUGGAAUGGGCUAGUCAAUCAAUCAAUGAAAUUUUAAAUUUAGAUCAACAAGGUAAAUUACCAACUUUACAUUUAAAUAAAGAAGAUGUUGAGAAAAAUUUGGAUUUCAUUAAAGAAUUUGCCAUUGAAGCUGGGUUUUUAAUAAUUCAUCAUCAAACUAAUGAUAUUUAUGAAGCCAAAUUAGAUAUUGAUGGGAUUUCACCCAAUGAAACUGAAGAAGAACAUGAAGAACGUAUAACUGAAUUAAGGAAAACCAUUAAACAAUAUCAAUCAGCUAAUUUAAUUGAAAAUGAAGAAGUUUUAAAUGAAACCAAACAAGUAUAUUCUGAAAAAUUCCAAUCUUGGAAAAAUGAUUAUUAUCAAUCUAAAUUACAUUUCUCCAUUGAUACUGAAGAAGGUAAAAAUAAAUUAAUUGAAUUGACUAAACAUUAUAUUGAAGGGUUACAAUGGGUUUUAUAUUAUUAUUAUCGUGGUUGUCCAUCAUGGAAUUGGUAUUAUAAAUAUCAUUAUGCCCCCAGAAUUUCCGAUAUUUCAUUAGGUUUAGAAGAAUUGAUCAAUGAAAAAAUUGAAUUAAAUUUUGAAUUAUCACAUCCUUUUAAACCUUUUGAACAAUUAAUGGCAGUUUUACCAGCUCGAUCCAAAAAAUUAAUGCCAGUAGUUUAUCGUCCUUUAAUGACCGAUGAAAAAUCACCAAUUAUAAAUUUUUAUCCUCAUGAAGUUGAAAUUGAUAUGAAUGGUAAAACUGCUAGUUGGGAAGCAGUAGUAUUAUUAGAUUUUGUUGAUGAAAAAAAAUUGAUUGAAGCAUUAAAACCAAUUGAAUCAAAAUUGACUUUUGAAGAAAAACAAAGAAAUUCUUAUGGUCAUGCCAUCAAAUUUAUUCAUAAUCCACAAAUUGAUCAUGUUUUCUCAUCACCAUUACCAGGGUUUUUCCAUGAUAUUGAACAUGAUCAAUGUUAUGAAGAAGAAUUCAAAUUACCUAAAAUUGAAAAUUUGAAAAUUGGAUUUAUUGAAGGAGCUAAAACUGGUAAAGAUUUAUUAGCAGGAUUCCCAACAUUAUCAACAAUUCCAUUUACUUUUGAAUUAGCAUUAAAUGAAGUUAAAAUUUUUAAUUUCCCAUCGAGAUCAGAAUCAAUGAUUUUAAAUAUUGAAAAUGUUUGGUGUGAUUUGACAAUUACUCAAUUUGCUCAAAGUUUUAUUAAUAAAUUAGUUUAUUCUAAAUGGCCAUUUUUAAGAGAAUGUCGAGUGGUUAAAGUUUUAAGUGAAGAAAAUAAAUUUGAAUCGAUUAAAACUAGUACAGGAUUGAAAAAAAUCGUCACAAAUGAAUUAACUAUGGAAGAUAAAAAAUCAUUCCGUUCUGAAAUUUCUAAUCUUAAAGUUAUUUGGGAUAAAUUUAAGGGAGUCAAAUUAGGUGAAAUAAAUGCAUUAGUUUAUGUUAAACCAGUGAAUGGAUUAAUUAGAAAUCAUAAGGGAGCUUAUGUUAAGACUUAUUCUAAAGAUAUUGAAGUUUAUCCUUUACAAUUAAUUGUUAAAGAGGUUACUAAUAAAGAUCAAAGAUUUUUAACUAGACCACCAUUACCAAUUGAUCAAGAAUUCCCUAUUGAUUCUCAAGUUGUAUUUUUAGGAGAUAUGGCUUAUGGAUCACCAGCAAAGAUUGUUGGAUAUAAUGAAGAUAAAACUAAAUUGAGUGUGAAAAUUUUCAAAAUUCAACUGUUGGCUGAACCAAAUGUUGGUAAAAAAAGAUUAAAUAUUGAAAAAAAUGAAAUUAAAUAUUAUCCUUCAUUUGAAGUUAGUAAAACUUUAAGACUUAAUCCUUUAUUAUUAUCUAAAAUUACUAGUCAAUUUAUGAUUCAAGAUUUUUCUAAAGGAAAAAUAAAUAUUGGAUUAGAAUUAAAAUUUGAAAGUAAAAGACAAAAAGUUUUAGGUUAUACUAGAAAACUGAAUAAUGGGAAAUUUUGGGAAUUUUCUCCUUUAGCGAUUAAUUUGAUUAAUAAUUAUAAAACAAAAUUCCCUGAAUUAUUUAAAAAAUUAGCUAAUAACAUUAGUGGAUCUAAUUUCCCUACUGUGGAUGAAAUUCUGAAUCCUGAAGAAUUGAAAGAAAUUAGAUCAUGGUUAAAAGAAGUGAAGAAUGAAUUAAUCCCAGUAUCAUUAGAAAGUGAAUCAUUUACUAAAUUCAGUUAUCAAGCUAUUGAACAAUAUAUGGAUAAUUAUUUAUCAAUGAAUCAAAUCCCCACUAUAAAUAAAGAUAUUAAAGGUGUACCUCGUGAAGCCAUUUUGAAUGCAAAUGAAUCAUAUCAAUUAUUAAGUGAUCAACGAUUUGAAUUGGGUGAUAGAAUCAUUUAUGUUCAAGAUUUUGGUAAAGUACCUAUUUUAUCUAAAGGUACUGUGGCUUCGAUUUUAACGGUUGGAUCUAAAACUUCAUUAGGAGUGAUUUUUGAUCAACCUUUAUUGAGUGGUAAUAAUAUGAAUGGGAAAUUGAAUUCUAAUCGAGGAUUAAUUAUUGAUUCUUCAUUAGUAUUGAAUUUAACUAAUAAACAAUUUGUUUAUCAUUCUCAUGCUUCGAAAAAUAGAAAGAAAUUGACUGAUGAAGAAAAAAUUGCUAAAUUGAAAGCCAUAGAAGCUAAAAAGAAUCAACAACAACAACAACAACAACAACAACAGAAGCAGCAACAAAUUAAACAAAAACAAGUUGAACAACAAAAGCAAAAAGGUGCUAAUGAAUUGUUAUCCUUGUUGAAGAAAAAACCCGAUGCUACAACUACUACUACUACUACUACUACUACUGAUGGAAAUGACAAAAAACCAGAGGAAAAAGAUGUUGACAAAAAGAAUAAUGGUAAUGGUAAUGAUGAUGAUGAAAGAGUUGAUCCUAAUGCAAUUAAGCAAAUAUAUGGUCAUAUUUAUUCUAAUGUUAUGAAUCAAGGUAAUGUUCGUCCUCCACCACCACCACCAGGUCAACCAGGUCAACCAGGACAACCGGGACAAUCACAACAAUUUCCUUAUGGUAUGCCAAUUCCACCUCCUCCUCCUCCUCCACCAGGCGCACCAAUGCAUCCUGGUUAUAUUCCUGUAGUUCCAGGAAAUCCAUUACCUCCUAGUUUCUAUCAACAAUAUCCUCCAAAUGGUCAACCACAAUUUACUAAUUCACAACCACCACCACCACCACAACAACAACAACAACCUCAAGUGGCUGAACAAACUUCUGAAGAUGAAGUGAAAUCAAAAAAUGAUAACAAACAUAAUGUAAAUGGUAGAGGAAGAGGUGGUUUUAGAGGUAGAGGAGGACAAAGAAGUAGAGGCGGUGCCAGAGGUGGAAGAGGUGGAAAUAAAUCAUCCCAUCAAACUUCACCUAAAGAUAAACAAAACCAAGAAUCAUAA